AAGAGAAGUAAAUAAAGUUAUUUAUUGUUAUGUUAAAAUCAAGAUUGUCAAGAUUUUGCUCUCAGUGCUCUUAGAACAGUAAAAAACCAGAGAGAUGUUGAGUUCUAGAGUUCGUGAACUGGUCGGAGCCAGAGGAACCAGGGGACCCGGAGCAGGGUUAAGAUUACUCUGGACAGGACGGGAGAGCAUUGAGCAGGAUGACCCUGAGAUGUGGAACCUGCUCCAGGAGGAAAAGAGAAGACAGAAGACAGGGCUGGAACUCAUUGCAUCGGAGAACUUCUGCAGCAGAGCAGCACUACAGGUUCUUGGAUCCUGUUUCAACAACAAGUAUAGUGAAGGAUACCCUGGACAGCGUUAUUACGGAGGAACAGAUGUGAUUGAUCGUGUAGAACGGCUCUGCCAGCAGAGAGCACUUGAUGCUUACAAACUGGACCCGGAGAAGUGGGGAGUUAAUGUUCAACCUUACUCAGGGUCUCCAGCAAACUUUGCUGUCUACACAGGUCUACUUAAUCCUCAUGACCGAAUUAUGGGCCUUGACUUACCCCACGGUGGACAUCUAACUCACGGCUUUAUGACGGACACUAAACGAAUCUCUGCAACAAGCGUCUACUUUGAGUCCAUGCCAUACCGGUUAGACGAGUCCACAGGAUUGGUGGAUUAUGACACUUUAGAGAAAACCUCGGCAUUAUUCCGACCUAAGCUCAUUAUUGCUGGGUUCUCUGCCUACUCAAGGAACCUUGACUACGCUAGAUUCCGACAUAUAUGUGACAAAGUCAAAGCAGUAUUACUGGCAGAUAUGGCGCAUAUCAGUGGUCUCGUGGCUGCUGGAGUUGUACCUGGACCAUUUGAACACGCAGAUGUUGUCACGUCAACAACUCAUAAAAGUCUUAGAGGGGUUAGAUCAGGAUUAAUAUUUUACCGGAAGGGAGUAAAGGGUGUGGAUAAAACCGGAAAAAGUAUUCUUUAUGAUUAUGAAAACCGGAUAAAUGGUGCACUUUUCCCUGGUCUACAGGGUGGACCACAUAAUCAUGCAAUAGGUGGAGUAGCAGUUGCUCUAAAACAAGCACAAACUCCUGAAUUUGUUACUUAUCAGAAGCAGGUGUUGAGUAACGCGAAGGCUAUGGCCGGGUCCCUGCUUGAGAAGAACUACAAGCUGGUGUCGGGGGGGACGGACAACCACCUUGUCCUUGUCAAUCUCAAGUCCAGCAAACAGAUAGAUGGAGCUAGGGUCGAGGCUGUCUGCAAUCAGGUUUUUAUUACUCUGAAUAAGAACAGCGUACCAAGUGAUACAUCAGCUCUUGUUCCUGGUGGAGUAAGGUUAGGAGCUCCAGCCCUUACCUCCAGAGGAUUUGUUGAGAAGGAUUUCAAGAAAGUAGUUUUAUUAAUUGAUGAGGCGGUAGAGAUAGCUCGCGAGAUCAAGAACAAGACCAAGAAGUUGAAGGACUACAACGAGUAUCUAUUGAACGAUGGGGAGACUCUCAAGAAAUGCGCCGAUCUCAAAUCCCGCGUAAACGAGUUUGCUUCCAAAUUCCCGAUGCCAGGACACGACAACUAUUGAAAUGAUGGAACAGAAAAAAAUAAGAUAAACUUUCUUACACUUUAUAGAUCUAAAGAAACAUAUAUUUUGAAACAAGAGUUAAUAAAAUAAUUACAAUUCAAA